AUGAGUGCUCACGAUGCUUCCAAUGAGGGAUUGGAGAUAGGGUCGUCUAGCAACCAAGAGAUUUUCCGAGCCCUACAACAAAUGAUGGAGCACGAUGUCGAGGAAGAAGAAGAACUAAGACCUCGACAACCUAGAGGGCCUAGUAACGACCUUAAGCUUAAACCGCCCCUCUUCGUAGGAAAAGUAGAUCCCGAAGCAUACCUAGAUUGGGAGCGCCGUAUGGAUAACAUCUUCGAAUGUUAUGCAUAUUCGGAUCGACGGAGGGUCCAAUAUGCCGCUGCUCAAUUAGCAGAGAAUGCGCUAGCUUGGUGGGAUCGGGAAACCACCGAGCGACGACGAGCUCACAUAGAGCAAGUUGGAACUUGGCGUGAGAUGAAGGUCCUUAUGCGCAAGAGAUAUGUUCCUCCGCAUUUCCACCGAGAACUUCAAAGGACGUAUCGGAAGCUAGCCCAAGGAGCUAGGCCGGUGGAAGAAUAUUUUGAGGAGUUCGAACAUAUUAGGAGUCGAUUAGAGCUCGAAGAGGAUGAGGAGACGGUGAUGGCUCAAUUCUUAGAUGGACUCCAAGAACGUAUCGCUCGUAAGGUGAAGGCAGAACGACAAGAUGUCGGGAGGCAAAUUGCAGCCGUCCAAGGUACCACAAUGGAGAGUGAUGAGACCGUGCGUCUACAUGGAAUUUUGAACGAGAUCAUAUCGAAGAGAGGCGCCUGA